AACCGAUAUUGAUUUGUACAAGUACCAGCUUUGUUGACCCAAUAUGGAAGCGUUUUGCGUGUGACAUUGAGUCGUAUUGAACAAAAUUUGCCACUGGGAUAUGAUAAUCAAGCUGAAGUAGAAUUCAAACUCAACCACCAUGGGCAUACUGAGAGAUUUAGAGAUCGUUUACGACAGCAACAGAGAUGUGUUUUCUCAAGGUGACAUCGUUAAAGGAUGGGCGAUAGUAGAUGUUCAAACCGAUGAAGAGAUGGGACUGAAAAAUGUCCAAGGAAUAUCAAUGCAGUUUAAAGGAAAGGCGAAAAUCGUAUGGAUUACCAAAGACCAACAAAACCUUCGUAGCGGUCAUCCUGACUACAGAUUGGAAUACAUCCAAGGCCCGAGUCAGAGACAAUGGCAAGAUGGUACCAGUACAUAUGAGAGACAUCAAGCCAGUGAAGUUUACUUUAACAACACCCUUGUGUUGUUUGGAUCAGGUCAAAAAGACUCAGGUACACAAGAUCUAACCCUUCCGUCGGGAAGGCACAAUUUUCCCUUCCAGUUCCAACUUCCAAAGACAGAUCUACCUGCAUCAUUUGAGGGACUGAAUGGCUAUGUGCGGUACAAGACUAAAGUUGUUGUGGCAAUACCGAAAUCUUUGAAGAACAAGAAGUACAAAACUGAGAAGCACUUUACCGUAUUGGGACCGGACGUGGAUCUCAACCUUAUACCUUCGAUACAGGAGCCAAUGACCAUUGACAAUGAAAUUCGCAAUUUUUGCGGUUGUGGCCCGGACAUCGAGGCGGUCGUUUCCGUCGGUCUUUCCAAGCAAGGAUAUGUUCCUGGCGAAUCCAUCUAUGUCAAUGGUCAGGUGGACAACCGUGACCUAUCAGAACACAGAGACUUUACAGUAUAUCUUGUUCAGAAAAUUUCCUAUCAAGACAAGAGGGCGACAAGAGAAACAGCAAAAAAGGUUUUAGCAAAAGAAAAAUCCACAGUUGCCUGUCCAAGGGGUCGUGUAUCAGAUUACAAGGUGGGACCAUUACCGAUUCCACCAGUACCCUCUUCUGAUUUGGCAGGAUGCAAUCUCAUCAACAUCGACUAUUUUGUUCAGUGUAAGGACCGCACCCACUCAGCAAAAUUCCCAAUAACUGUGGGUUCCGUACCACUGUGGACACACCCUACCAGUGAUCAAGGCGCACCACUGGAGAACCAAGGUGUGCAAAAUACUGAAUGUCCUUAUCUUCCCCCACCAAGGUACGAGCAAGUGACAGGCGAAAUGCAAAGAAUCCGACGAAGAAACAUGGACGAAUACUUUAGCGAAGACCAAUUAUUUCUACCUAGAUAUCCAUACUUUGACUUCGCAGCCACUGGAGAUCUUGAAAAUAUGGAACCCACGCUAAAUGUCUAAAAAAAACCGAUCUUUUUUCAACUAAAAUUAGGAGACGCAGUUUGUUAGAGUGUUGUUUUUCGGUUUAUAAGAACGGCAAAAAGUUUUCCAUUUGUGUUUUUGUGGACACUGCAGUAGGACGCCAAUAUAAACAAAUCCAACAAUGUUUCAUUGGACAUUUCAACAUGGUUGAAGAAAUGCGCUGAGCUUACUACGAAGCGAAUGUCACAGAGCAAUGACUUGGUCCGACUGUAAUGUCGCAAUGCCUACAACCAUUAGUGGCAGCCGUUGUAUAUUGUCGAUGACAAACUUGAGUGCUAUGGUCACCGGACUCGUCCGUACACAACUGGAAUACCCCCCACUCAAACUUAUUUAAAAGGGUAAAAAGCUUCCUUUUCUAUGUAAAGCUGUAAAUUUACAUUAAAUAAAAUGUAUUUCUUAAAUAUCACGCCUGGACUGUAUGUAGGCUUUGGCACCGACAUCACACAUUCUACCUCCGUAUUAAUCACAUCUUACCGGAAAAUUUUCCAGUAUAUAAACCGUGGUUAUCUCAAAACAAAAUGAACACACAAAUCAGUCUGAUAGUGCAUUCUGUUUUUGUUGGAGGUAUUGACAAGCCAAAUCACACUCCGCAUCAGCUUAAUUCAGAAAGGAAAUCCAAAAGUCUGAAAUACAUGUAGUUUUAUGACAAUAAAACUUUGGCAUUAUCAAUGAAUAUCGGGACACUUUUAUUUACACCACAUCUGCCAGAAAUGAUUUUUUUUACUUCUUCCCAAACAUGGCAUCAGUGCCCUUGCGUUGCAUCAAUGGAAUUAAAGGAAAGUGAGCUGGUAGAACUUAGUAUCAAUAUUUCUGAAGAGCAAUGUGAUUUUGAAUCCAAUAGGAACGCUUUCACGUAUGUACUUGGAUUGGUCCAGAAGUGGAUUCGCGUACACUUGAACUAAGUAUGCACAAUGCCGACAAAUAAAAGAAUUCUGCCAUCAUACUGUCGUGAUCAUAAAUAUGCUUGCUUCACAGUAGCCCAUCUUCACCCAAUUUAGGCUUCCUAAUGGACGUGCAACAACAGGGCAUUUUAGCUUUGUAAUUCUAAUGAGCGUAUACUCUGCAAGUUUACUCAACUGAUAACUUCACCUGAUUUUUCCUUUGACUAAAAGAUUCUUCUGAAUGUAUGUCCGAUUAGAUAUGUUGCAAAGUCAUACACAUGGACACUUACGUGCAAAACUAAGAAAACGGAUUGUUUACACACUUUCAGCUGUUGCGAAGAGCAGUUCCCUGACAGGUAGGCCAAAACAAAAUUCACGGAACAGUCAACAGCUGAUUCUACCCAUAGUUAAGCCGUUUAAUAAUAUCUGCACAGACAACACUUCAUGUGCAUUUCUAUAGCAAAGGACAACAGAGCGUGCAGAAUAUAUAAUGUUUCAUUAUUAUAUGAAUUGACGGUUACAAAAUAAAGGACUGACAUUAGAAGGUUGCAAAUAUAACGAACUGAAACAGGUUGACAGAAGAAAAAAGAAAAAAUAAUUUUGCCUUCAACAAUAAAGGCUCGCAACCUAAAAUGUAACAACACAAAAGAUCCGGUUUGCUACGGCCCUUCGACAUGUUUUUCACCUGCUUAGCUUCAAAAGAUUUUUAAAUAAUGUUUUAGACUCAUUUUCACGACAGUCUUGUGAAACUCAGACAUAUCGUUCUCGCACAACAUCUAUAUGCUUAAAGACAUUCCAACAAAAGAAAACGAUAGUCCUUUCCACUGAUGUGCUCAAUCCAUGCUUGCGGCUAUGAACUUCCAAUGAACCCUUUUGUUGAAAUAAAUUAACUUCACGGUUAUGCUCAUAAUGAAAGCCGUUUUAUUCAUGCAAAGAUUCGAAUGCAUUCCGCAUGGGACAGCCAAGUUUCAGGGGAUCCCCCAGCUGUGAGGUGGUUUGAAAAAGCGUGGCGUUGUCCCUGAACUGAAUUGAUGUAAUGCCUACAACAUGAAAUGAGCCAAACUGAAUUAUUUUCAUGACGAUUCAUUGAAUUUCAGCAGGAAAAACUAUGAUUUGGUUGGCAUCCAAAUAUAACAGUUCAGCUUUUUGCAUGUAUUUUCUUUAAUUCUCUUCAAUUUUUUUUAAUUUGUGACUGAAUUUUUAUAAAUGUGCACUAAUUUCUAUUUCGUUUUUGAAAUUCAUUUUAGAACAUGAAGAAACAAAGAAACUAACGAAUUAUGCCAUUUUGCUGUCCCAACUUUACCAUAUCACAUUCUAAAAGAAAAACGUAAACUGGUGAACGUGAAGAGAAAAGGUAAAUUUUGGGCAUUUGUUUUAUAUUUGAGUGUUAGAGCCACUCUUUUACGCUAGGCUAAAAGACAAGACUAAAAAACAAGUAAACAAAAAACAAGCAAACACGCAAAAAGGGAACAAAAACAACGCACAAAACAUGUAAAAGACCAGCGCCUUGAAUUGUUACUGCGAUGUAGCGUCGAAGACCGAUUCGCUAUAUCGUUUUACGUUACUCGAACGUGUUACACUCGUAAGCUAAAAUCCUUUGGGGACAUUUCCGUCCGUCUUCAAAACCAUAAUUUUUCAUCCAUUUUUUAAAGUUCCGUAGAUAUUAUGACAAAAAACUGACUGGAAUAGCACAACCGUCUAAUUGAUUUGAUGUAAAC